CACACUUUCGUCUGGCCUGCUAGUCGAGCGGGAGAGCAGAUCCCGGCUCCGGCUGUGUCCAGCCUCCCGCGAGGGCUGGCCCUUCGGAAGGCUCCUUCAACAGCAGGAGCAGGCCGGCCACCAUGACCGAGAACUCCACGUCCACCCCUGCGGCGAAGCCCAAACGGGCCAAGGCCUCCAAGAAGUCCACGGACCAUCCCAAGUAUUCAGAUAUGAUCGUGGCUGCCAUCCAGGCAGAGAAAAACCGCGCCGGCUCCUCGCGCCAGUCCAUCCAAAAGUAUAUCAAGAGCCACUACAAGGUGGGUGAGAACGCCGACUCCCAGAUCAAGUUGUCCAUCAAGCGCCUGGUGACCACCGGUGUUCUCAAGCAAACCAAAGGGGUGGGCGCCUCGGGCUCAUUCAGGCUGGCCAAGGGUGAUGAGCCCAAGAGGUCGGUGGCUUUCAAGAAGACCAAGAAGGAAGUCAAGAAAGUGGCCACUCCAAAGAAGGCAGCCAAACCCAAGAAGGCUGCCGCCAAAGCUCCAAGCAAGAAACCCAAAGCCGCCACCCCUAUCAAGAAGGCCAAGAAGAAGCCAGCUGCCACGCCCAAGAAAGCCAAAAAACCCAAGAUUGUCAAAGCCAAGCCGGUCAAGGCAACCAAACCCAAGAAGGCCAAACCUGUGAAGCCCAAAGCCAAGUCAAGUGCCAAGAGGGCCAGCAAGAAGAAGUGACAAGGAAGGCUCUGCUUGUGACACUCUUCCUCCUGUUGUCUGUAAAUACAUUUCUCUCUUGAUCUCAUCUGCAACCCUUUGCCCAUUCUAUUCUGACUUUACAAAAAGGCUAGAGUUUCGAUUCCUCAGACAGACUUGUGGAACGAUUCUCUCUUUUCCUUAAUCCAUCGUGCAAGGACAUCCACAGACAUUAUCUUUGUAAUGAUGAAGAUGUACUUUUUUUUCUUGAUUUGAUGUUUAACAUUAUGGGGUUGGGGUGGGUGUUUCGUUGGGUGGUUUGUUUACUGUUAAGGCAAAUGGAACUGGUAAAGUUCUGGCUAGAUGAGGGGACCUAGGAACUGAAGUUUGCCUUUUUAAGGCUUUAAGUUGCUCAUGCAUCCAUCCAUCCCUUGUGAGAGCUUCAGAAUCGUUGGUGCAGAGCAGAGGGUGACACCCCACCUAGCUGCCAGGGAGGGAGGAAAAUCCCUGGGCUGCCCUCAGCAGUGGUGACCAGUUGGGGGGCCUGGGGGUGCCUCCCCAUUGUCUAGAAGGGGGAAGGGGUCCAAGUUACAGCUGGUUAGAGAAGCCAUUGCUUCUCACAAUCAGGAUCUAGC